AUGGGGGAACUAAAGGCCAACGAUGAAGAUUGUGAUUCUAAUAGUGGUAGGGAUGGCGAUACACCUUCUAAAGACGUGGAAGACGAGGAAGAUAUCGUCGACGUGCUGGAAGAUGAACUGGUUGAAUCAGAGCUAGAAGAUGAACUGGCCGAAGCGGAGCUAGAAGAUGAUGUGCUCGUCGAUGAAGUACUUUCUGAGACGGUUGAAGAAGGCGUUUGA